GAAGGGCCCUCCUCGGCCUCCGUCCCCGGCCGGUCGCGCGCGCGGCUGCAUGGAGCUGGUGGCGGGCAGCUACGAGCAGGUCCUCUUUGGGUUCACGGUCCACCCGGGGUCCGGUUCGAGGGACGGCCGCGAGAAAUGGACUGCUGUGGCUGACUUCACUCACCACGCCCACACCGCCUCCCUGUCGGCUGUGGCUGUGAACAGUCGCUUUGUCGUCACUGGGAGCAAAGACGAGACUAUUCACAUUUAUGACCUGAAAAAGAAGAUAGAGCAUGGGGCUCUGGUACAUCACAAUGGCACAAUUACCUGCCUGAAAUUCUUUGGCAGCAGGCACUUAAUCAGUGGAGCAGAAGAUGGGCUCCUGUGCAUCUGGGAUGCCAAAAAAUGGGAAUGUCUGAAGUCCAUCAAAGCUCACAAAGGACAGGUGACUUUCCUUUCUAUUCACCCGUCUGGCAAGUUGGCUCUGUCCGUCGGUACAGAUAAGACGUUAAGAACAUGGAAUCUUGUGGAGGGAAGAUCAGCCUUCAUAAAAAAUAUAAAACAGAAUGCUCACAUAGUAGAAUGGUCCCCAAGUGGGGAGAAAUACAUAGUAGUCCUGUUGAAUAAAAUAGAUGUCUAUCACCUCGACACUGCAUCUGUCAGCGGUACCAUCACAAAUGACAAGAGGAUUUCUUCUGUCACAUUUCUCUCAGAUGAUGUCCUGGCAGUGGCUGGAGAUGAAGAAGCUGUGAGGCUUUUCGACUGUGAUUCACUAAUGCGCCUCUGUGAAUUUAAAGCUCAUGAAAACAGGGUGAAAGACCUGUUCAGUUUUCAAAUUCCAGAGCAUCAUGUUCUUGUAACAGCAUCGAAUGAUGGUUUCAUCAAAAUGUGGAAGCUCAAGCAGGAUAAGAAAGUUCCUCCAUCUUUGCUCUGUGAAGUGAAUACUGGUGCCAGGCUGACAUGCCUUGGAGUGUGGUUAGACAGAGUGACAGACACAAAGGACAGUCCUCCUUCAGCAGCAGAGCCCUCCCCUGUGAAUGCAGGGAAGCUGGAAAUGACUGAAGAGGAAUGUGGAGAAGAAACGUCAGAGCUAAACACAAAGAAGUUUGCUUUAACUGGUGACAGUACAAAGCUGAUGAAAGGAAGUAGCUUGGUGCCAGCCAAGAAGAGAAAAAUUACAGGAAUGUUAGAAAAAAAGAAGAGAAAAAAGAAAACAUGAACAGUAUAGUGAAUCCUGAGUUUCUCCUUCCCAAGGAAACUACUUUUUGGAUGAAUUUUCCUUUUAAAAUAUUUUACCAAACUUGUUUCUUUCUCUUUAUCUCUUUCUUUUUGGUUUUUCAAGGCAGGGUCUUGCUCUAACCCGGCUGACCUGGAAUUCACUAUGUAGUUUCAGGGUAGCCUCAAACUCAACAGUGAUGCUCUAUCUCUGCCUCCCAUGUGCUGCGAUUAAAGGCAUGUGCCAUCAUGCCCGGUUUAUUUCUUUUUUAUCAGAGUAACAACAAGAAAUUUCUUCUUUUGGAGGAAAUGUGCAACUUUAAGAAAACCACUUUUACGUGGUGUUUUUAUUUUUAAAACUGGUAAAAUUAUUUUUGGCAGAUGCUAUUUUAUUAUAUAUUAUGGUAGUAUAUAUUAAUUGUACCAUAAUGUUUCUUGUUGUGCAGAGCUAAUAAAUCUCCCUGACAACUAAUGAGCUGUCCUCCGACUUCCAUCACGUAAGUGGAAUGCCAGUCUGGCGGCGCGGCCUUUGAGAUGCGCUGCUUUUGCUCCGCGAGGCCCUCUGGCCAGUGAUGCCUGUUGCUGCCCUCAUCACAGGCUAGCAGUUCCCGCUAGUGGCAGCCAGUGCCCCUCUGACGGAUGCCAGGCUGACAGGCACCUGUGAACAGGUUGUGUGAACGCUGUCUUCAUUUCUCUGGGACAGUGCUGAGUUCAUUGCCGGGUCAUGUACCUCAUGCUUGUUUAAGAAAUCACCGUCCAUGGGACAGGACAAAGGGAGUGGGCAUGACCAAGGCACUAUGUGUUUAUGUUUAGAAAUGGAAAACACAUUUUGUAAAUGUGUUUAUACUAAAAAGGAAAAAAUAAACAGUUUUCCAAAAUA